CCAGGCUGCCUCCUCCAGCUGUCACCGGCCAGGGUGGGCGGGGCCAGUCGCCGGCUCCGACUAACCGUUAGCAAGCAGGGGGUGACGGCGAGUCGCGGGGACAGAGACGGGAAGUGACAGUAGGAAGGCGGCAGAGGGACAGGUCACCUGAGCUGUUCUUGGAGAGUUCUAAGGAGCGAGAAGAAAACUAUUGUUGGCUGAGUUAACUACAAGCCAAGUUCUCCAUUUGGUGAGGGGCCCCAUGGGUGCAGGUGGCUCUCCUUGAAGUGCUGUGAGGGGCCCCAUGGCCAUGUUGGUGGACCCCACAUUGCUUUUAAAGUGAAGCUGUAGUCAGAUAUCCAUUGGGGAAGGUGGAAGAGCCAUAUCGACCGAGCUUCAGCCAUGAUCCAGGUAUGCCCGUCCCCUGUGACCCGCGGCGCCGUCCUCAAACGGGUGGCCGCCGUGGCCCUGGCCACCUACGGAGCCCGCCGCCUCUACCCGGUCCUGAGGCACCUGUUAUUCCAGCGACACAAGCAUAAAGGCUCCAACGGACUCCACGACGGCCAAGGAGCUUUGACCGCCGCGCCGGUCUACGAGCGGACCGGUGUGAACCGGAUCUUCUUCCGGAGACUGGCCCGCCUCCUGCGCCUUCUCUUCCCAAAGUUGGCCUGCAAGGAGUUCGGGCUGCUGGUGCUGCACUCGGCCGCCCUCAUCUCAAGGACGUUCCUCUCGGUCUACGUGGCCAAGCUGGACGGCCGAUUGACCCGUUGCAUCGUAAAAAAGGACCCGGUCAGUUUCAUGUUCCAGCUGCUGAAGUGGCUGCUCAUCGCCCUGCCGGCCACGUUUAUCAACAGCGCCAUAAGGUACCUGGAGGGGCAGCUGAGCCUGGCGUUCCGUACCCGCCUGGUGGCCCACGCUUACCAGAUGUACUUUGGAAACCAGACUUAUUACAGGGUCAGCAACAUGGACGGGCGGCUGAGGAACCCCGACCAGUCUCUGACCGAGGACGUGGUGGCCUUUGCCAACUCUGUGGCCCAUCUGUAUUCCAACCUGACCAAACCGGUGCUGGAUGUGAUCGUGACCACUUACACGUUGCUGAGCACGGCCAAGUCCAAGGGCGCCGGCACGGGCUGGCCGUCCGCCAUCGCUGGACUGGUGGUGGUCAUCACGGCCAAGGUGCUGAGGGGUUGCUCACCGAAGUUUGGGAAACUGGUGGCGGAGGAGGCCAGGAGGAAAGGAGAGCUGAGGUACAUGCACUCCAGAGUCGUUGCCAACUCCGAAGAGAUCGCCUUCUAUGGAGGUCACAAGGUGGAGAUGUCCCUUUUGCAGCAAUGCUACAAGGACCUGUCCUCACAGAUAAACCUCAUCUUGCUGGAGAGACUGUGGUAUGUCAUGCUGGAACAGUUUCUCAUGAAGUACGUAUGGAGCGCCUCCGGCCUUGUCAUGGUAGCCGUUCCCAUUAUCACCGCUACGGGAUACUCGGAAAGUGAUUCGGAGGAAGUGAAAAGGACCGCUAUGGAGAUGAAGGAAGAGGAAUUGGUGAGUGAACGAGCUGAAGCUUUCACCACCGCGAGGAACCUUCUGACAGCCGCUGCCGACGCUACUGAAAGAGUCAUGUCCUCUUAUAAAGAGGUGACGGAGCUGGCCGGCUACACCGCACGGGUACACGACAUGUUUGAAGUGUUCGAAGAUGUGCAGAAUGGAAUCUACAAGCGCCCAGGAGAACUGGAAGAAGACAAAUCCAAGAAGGGAGAUGUCAUCCAGCAUGGGAUCCGCAUUGAGGGGCCCCUGGAGAUUAAAGGGCGCGUGGUGGACGUAGAGAAUGGAAUAAUCUGUGAAAAUAUCCCCAUAGUCACCCCGACAGGAGACGUCGUAGUGGCGAGCCUUAAUAUUCGGGUGGAGGAGGGGAUGCACCUGCUUAUCACAGGGCCCAACGGAUGCGGGAAAAGCUCUCUCUUCCGGAUCUUGGGAGGCCUGUGGCCGGCAUACAGUGGGGUCCUUUAUAAGCCCCCACCCCAGCAUAUGUUUUACAUACCACAAAGGCCUUACAUGUCCGUGGGCACCCUCCGCGAUCAGGUGAUUUACCCCGACACUGCAGAUGACAUGAGGGUCAAAGACUUUACAGACAACGACUUGGAAGUCAUCCUGAAUAUAGUGAACCUGAACUACCUGGUGCCGAGAGAAGGAGGUUGGGCCUCGGUGAGUGACUGGAAGGAUGUUCUCUCCGGGGGUGAGAAGCAGCGAGUAGGAAUGGCCCGCAUGUUUUAUCACAAACCAAAAUACGCCCUGCUGGACGAGUGCACCAGUGCUGUGAGCAUUGACGUGGAGGGCAAGAUCUUCCAAGCUGCAAAGGAUGCUGGGAUUGCUUUGCUGUCUAUAACUCACAGACCUUCACUUUGGAAGUACCACACUCACCUUCUGCAGUUUGAUGGCGAAGGCGGUUGGAAGUUUGAGAAGCUGGACACCGCCGCGCGCCUCUCGCUCACAGAGGAGAAGCUACGGUUGGAGCAGCAGCUGGCCGGAAUGCCGAAAAUGCAGCAGCGGCUCACUGAACUUUGCCAGCUGUUGGGAGAGGAUUCGGAAGUGGCCAGCACUGAAGAGGAUGAGGCCACAGAGCCGGCCAUCUAAGAGCAUUACCAAACCGAGAAGAAGUUCCUAACUCUGAGUUUGCAUCAGAGUCACAGCCAUUUCCCUCCGGCUGGAGCUCCUACCCCUGACCUUUAUUUGUUUUCAGUGAACUGAUUGCCGCAGAGGUGAAGCAUCACUGAAGAUAUCACAGUGACUCCUUUGUUCAGCUGACGCCUGUACAUCCCAACUAUUGCAGGCCAUGUUGGUAGGUAAGGAGCCAACCGCCACUUUUCUGUCACUGCUUGUCAUGUGGCAGCCCCCCCCCCCCCCCUCCGACACUGAAUGUGGUCUGCCUGCAGGCUUACUUAGCUAUAGGCAGGAGUCAUUUCUGUCCUUGUCUUAAACCUAUAGACCUUCUGUGGUUUGAGCCAAGUAAAUGUGAAGGAAAUGGGGGUCAUAUACUUUUGGUAUGUGUCCCCUCUGCGUUGCCAGGAAGUGGUUCUUCUACACCAAGAAUUCUUCUCCUGCACAAUUGUAGCCCGAUUCCCAAAGAGGGAUUGGAAAAGGGCAUUUCAACGUCAUUCUAAAGUGGAGGAAAGGAAAGUGACUUGUGUUACCCAUGGCUAGAGGAGUAUUACCUUGUGCUUGAGUGUAGCACUGAUCUCAUCACAGACAUAGCAAAUGAUGGCUAGACCACCACUAGAUACACAGAUUUAGGAAGGCCAACGGGGGAGAUUUACUAAAACUGAUGCACUCAGAAUCUGGUGAAGCUGUGCAUGGUAGCCAAUCAGCUCUUAGCUUUAGCUUGUUUAUUUAAGCCUUGGCAAUAUAACCUGGAAGCUGAUUGGUUUCUAUGCAGAGUUGCACCAGAUUUUGCACACUCGAGUUUUCUUAAAUCUUCAAAAUGACGGUGUAUGUGCAAAGGGCAUCCCCUGGCCUAGCGAUACCCACUUUGCGAGGGUACCCCCAUCGCUUCUUCUUCUGUCACAUCCGGCACCAAAACCCCCCAGUUUUAUCCGGUGUCGGACGCUAGGCGAAGUGGUGGCAUCACUUUCUACAUCAUGGGUGCUCAACCUGUGGCCCUUCAGCUGUUGUAGAAAUACAAGUCCCAUGAGGCAUUGCAAGGCUGAACAG